AUGAUCCAAUAACAGGAAAAAAGAAAGAAAGAAAGUGUUAAUGGAGUAUUUAUUUCAUUUUAUGGUGUGUAUGCUUCUUAAAGGAAUAAACAGAGCAUCUAAAAAUAUAGAAGAAUUUUUUGGUCGAAUGACACUGUAAUUCCUUAAUAGAUUCCAAUUUAUGUUUUAUUAUCAUCUUUGAAAGAUCCAAUGCAUAAUUUAUUAAAAUAAACUUUAGUAUCUCAAAAUUAUAGAGAAUUUAAAAAAGUGUAUUUAAUUGAAAUAGAAAGUUAAGACGAGAUGAAAUUCAAAUGCAUUUAAUCUAAUUUAUAUUAAAAAAUAGAUUUGCAUAAGAUUUAAAUCUUCAAAUUUCUAGAUAAGAUGUAAAAUUUUAAUAAACAUAAGAGAAGAAAAUUUAACAACAAUUGGAUAUAGACAUGAUAUUAUGGUAAGAGUAUUGAAACCUUAAAAGAAAUUGAAAUAUUAGUAUUCACAUAAGUACAAAGCUUAGAAUACAUGAGGUAAUAAUUUGAAAUCAGCAUUAAAAGAGCUAUCAAAAGAUUUCACGAAUUUUUUAAAUAAUUAAGGGGAUAAACUAAAUCGAUCAAUGAAUUUAAGUUAAUAUAAAGUCCUUCAGAAAUAACACAAUUAAUUAAAAAUAUACAUAGGAUUUUUUAUUCAAUUCUCAAAAAGUAGAUUAAAUUAUAAUUUAGGUAUAAGCAAUAGAAUUUUUUAAUCAUAUAAGAACAGAUCAAAUGA